AUGAAGCAUACUAACGUUUUCCUGCUGGCAGUAGCGGCUCUGGCGAGUUUGGCCGGAGCACAGCAGAAUGAUCUGUUUCCGUUGUCAGUAAUUCAUUUCAACGAUCUGCACGCACGGUACAACCAGGUCAACUUGGAAGGAUUCACUUGCAUCGGGCAGGAACGUUGUCAAGGAGGCUAUCCUCGGCAGGUGAGCGCCGUCCGUCAGAUACAAGCUCAAGCGGAAAACUCGAUCUAUGUGAACGCGGGUGGUAGCUUCAAGGGUACCCUGUGGUAUACCGUGCACCGUUGGGAGGUCGUUGCGGCCAUGUUGAACGUACUGCCGGCUGAUGCGAUGACGCUGGGUCGUUUCGAUUUCUUCCACGGACUGGAAGGCUUAAAUCCGCUAUUGGCCGCAUCAGAAACACCGGUUGUGCUGACGAAUGUGGACAACUCGAAUGAGCCAUCGUUUGUGAACUUUGAGCGCUCGGUUGUGGUUGAGCGAUCGGGUCGACGCAUCGGUAUUCUCGGUGUUAUUCGUCCUGACGUAGAUGCCGUUGGACGUCCGGGUAAUCUGACAUUCACCGAUCCCGUGGAGGCGGUACGCACUGAAUCAGCCCGACUCCACGAAGAAGGUGUCGACAUUGUAGUGGUGAUUUCCUACUACGGAUACUUCAAUGAGCGCAGAAUGGCACGCACCUGUGGUCCGUACGUUGAUAUCAUUGUCGGUGGAUCAUCCAACACGGUAUUGUUUAACGGCGAUGCUACAGACUUCCCGCUCGAGGUGGAAGGCAACUAUCCAACGGUUGAGACACAAACCGAUGGUCAUCGUGUGUUGGUAGUGCAGGCUGGUUCGUAUGGACGAUUGGUAGGCAAUCUGACGGUGUUCUUCAACGAUGAAGGAGAGAUUGAACAGUGGGAAGGUAAUCCAGUGUUUUUGGACACCAACCUACCCGAAGAUCCGGAAGUUAUGACAGCACUGUUACCAUUCCGUGAGGAGGUGGAAACGCUCGGAAAUCGUACCGUCGCCGUUGCUGAAGUCGAUCUGACCCGACAGGACUGCAUAUCUGGUGAAUGUGUGAUUGGUUCUCUCAUCACCGACUCCAUGGUAAGAGCCUUCUUCCCGGUGUUCAAUGGGAUUGCGCUGCAAAACCGUGGUGGAAUCCGAGGCGACUUACAGGCCGGUACAAUCACCUACAAACAACUGUUCGAGGUGCUUCCAUUCGAGAAUCAACUGUUCUCGUUGCUUCUGCGUGGAGACCAUCUGAUGACCGUACUGGAGGACAGUGUUCGCAGUGCAACUGUGACCAAUGGUACGGUGCGUGCUACAAAUCUCCUGCAAGUUUCAGGAUUGAGAGUGACGUAUCGCAUCAGCAAUCCACCUGGCAGACGGUUGGUAUCGCUGGAGGUUCUCUGUCAACAGUGUUCGGGAGAGGUGUACGAACCGAUCAAUCCGUUCCGGGAAUAUCGUGUGGCAAUGGCAAGCUUCCUGGUAGAGGGUGGCGAUGGGCUAGCAAUCAUUCCUCGCGAGGGUAUGGAUCUCGAGGAAGGACCAGUGGAUCUGGAUGCAUUUGAAGAACAUGUCGAACGGCUGUCACCUCUCAGCGAUGCUGGAGCAGGACGCAUUCGGUUCGUAUUCUAA